CGGCAAAGCGCACACGCACACGAAUUCCUUAUUUUUAAUCCGUCCCCCUCACCCUCCCGUCCCCUCCGGCCGCGAAACCAACGGCGGCACCCGCACCCAAACCGCCUCGCCACCGCCCGCGCCUCGAUCGCCUCCCCGCGGCCUCGUCGCUCUCGCCGCCCAAUCGGCUCACCGCCUGCCCCAGCAGCCAGCUCGAUCGAGCGCGCGCCGCUCGGGGCUCCCGGAUCGCCUCCGCCCCUCGCUGCCACGAUUCCGGCGCGCGGGGGCGGCCCGUCCAAUCGACCGGUCCCCGAGGGCCGAGGGCGCCUCGCCGCGUGCCCCGGGGGUGGUAUCUAGGGCCGAGGGCGGAAAGCUCCCGGCUUGGCGAGCGGGGCGUCCCGGUUCUCCGGCGGUUCGUCCAUGGCGGAGAGGCGGUCCAGCUACAGGGACGGGGACAGGGAGAGGGCGGCGGCCGAGGCCGGCAGGUACUGGAGGCCGCCGCGCUCCCAGGCUCACGGUGGUGGAAAUGUGUCUGUUCCACUAUGGGAGAAGAAAUUUUGCAUUGAUGCUUGCUCUAUCCCCUGGGGUAAGCUAUGUGAGGCCAAGAAACUGAUGUCAUUGUACAUGAAUAUUGUUGACUGGGAUGAUUCAGGUGCAUUCGAGGCUUUCAAAGAUGCCAAGGACCGUUUCUGUGCUGCAUAUCAUGGUCAACCUUGUUACAUCCCAUUGCCUGACCCAGACAUGUACAUUGAUGUGGUCAACCCAGAUGAAUAUAUAGAUCCUGAGUUGGUUGCUGAUCUGGAGAGGUCACGGCGCCGUGCUCCUAGAAGGGACAACACCGCCCCAGAUGGCUGGGACUCCUUCAUUUUUGCAGACAAGCCAGUUCCAGCCACGGGAUGGGGUGAUGGGGACACAACCAACACUAUCGGUCAGCAAUGCUCUGUGAACUGGGAUAAUCAUGUGGAACAACAGCUCCUUGAAGCAAAUUGCAAGCAAAGCUCAGGGAACUGGGACAGUUAUGUCAGUCGGCCUGCUGAAACAUUUGUUCAGCAAAGCUCUGGAAACUGGGACACGUAUGUGGAACAGCAAGGUCAGACAAGCGCCUGGGGGGCACCAAUCAUUCCCUGCACAUCCAAUUGGGGCAUGAAUGGUGACCCAUGGAACCAUGACUAUGGCUGGGGCUCCCCAGCUAUUCAGACAGAUUCAUGGGGCGACCAGAAAGAUAGCUACUGUGUGUCUGACAGCCAGGCUCAGGGCAACUCAGACGGGCACUGGAGACGGCGAAACAGCCAGUCGGGCAGGCGGAACAGCAGGAACAGAGACCGAGGGGGUCCCAUCAGCUCAAAGGCCAUGAAAUCCAAGUACCAGGCCGACGAGCAUGGCGGCGCGAAUAACGGCUGGAGGCACUGCCGGGUGAGAGAUAACAUGCAGUACUCUUAUGAGCAGCCUGGUUAUGCCGCAAACCAGUCACUGGCAAUGUGAGAAGGGUGAUGAAGACCAUUUGGCCGCUUUGGAGGUGCCAUUUUGCGUUGGUAAAUGUGGAAGGACCCCUGUAGGUUACGUGACGUUCCUGUAGAUAGUAACGGUUUUGUCACAGCUAUUCGCGCCUUGUGUACAUAAGUUUUGAGCCUAGUUGUUCUGUUUACUGGCUGUAUUGCAGCGCCGGCGUUGUCAACUCUUAAUUUCAGCGUGUUUUAUCGCUCCGAAUCGGGUCCGAUUUACUACUCUUAUAAACAACAAUCUCUUAUAUGUAUUAAGAGAUUAAUUACCGUGAA